AUGACAGGUAACAAUGGAAGCGAGUCCAUCGAUCUGGCCGAACUUGGUUCCCCGUCAACGACAGAGAAUCCAGUGAAGGCGAAGGUUGAAGAUUUGCGUGAAGGGAACCAGUCAGUUAAGAGAGGGCUCAAAUCCCGGCAUUUUACACUCAUGGCGUUUGGGAGUGCGGUUGGCACCGGGCUCUUCCUGGCCAUCGGCGAGGCACUCAGUCGUGGAGGUCCAUUGUCCGUGUUUCUGUCCUAUUCGAUUACUUCGCUGGCAGUCUAUGCAACGAUGCAAUGUUUAGGAGAGAUGGGUACUUGGAUGCCCGUUGCGGGGGCCAUUCCAACCUAUUGUUCUCGGUUUGUGGACGAUGCUCUAGGGUUCGCAGUAGGUUGGAAUGUCUGGUACGCCAACGCGAUGGUCGUCUGUGCUGAGGCGUCUGCCGCGGCUCUUGUGAUUGAAUACUGGACCACUUCGGUGAACCCGGCCGUCUGGAUAACAAUCAUCAUUAUAGUUGUGGUCCUGCUCAACAUCAUUGUCGUAUCCAUAUUUGGCGAGGCGGAGUUUAUAUUCAGUAUUAUUAAACUAUCAACGAUGAUAGGGCUGCUCAUUCUGUCACUGGUCAUCGACCUUGGUGGCGCUCCGGGCCAGGACCGACUAGGGUUCCACUACUGGAUGCACCCAGGUGCGAUGAGAGAAUACAUAGGAACUGGCCCUACUGGGAGAUUUGCAGGUUGGUUUUCAACUGUGGUCGCCGCUGCGUUUGCGUUUGGCGGCUCCGAGGGCAUUAUCGCGGCUGCUGGUGAGGCCCAAAACCCACGGAAGAAUAUACCAAUGGCAAUACGCAUCAUCUUCUUCAGAAUCCUACUGUUCUAUGUGCUGGGAUCAUUGGCAGUUGGACUAAUCGUUCCCUACAAUGACUCCAAGUUGUUACACGGUGGCGCUGGUGCGGCUGCUUCGCCGUGGGUUAUCGGCAUUGUCAACGCCGGAAUACCAGUGCUGCCGUCAAUUCUGAAUGCGGUUAUUCUGGUCUCAGCGAUUUCAGUUGCUAAUAACAUGCUUUUUAAUGCCUCUCGUUAUUUAUAUUCUCUCGCACAAUGUGGCCAGGCACCGCGGUUCCUUCUGCGCUGUUCAUCAAGGGGAAUCCCAUACUACGCUGUUGGCGUAACAUCGUCCGUGUCUCUGCUCACCUACAUGUCCGUCUCCAACGGCGCAGGCAAGGUCUUCCUGUGGUUCAUGAACAUCACAACAUUCAGCAGUUUCUUGACUUGGAUGACUAUCGCCCUAUCAUAUAUUCGUUUCCGGGCAGCCAUUAUUGCCCAGGGCAUUGGGCUCGAUUUGCUCCCGUUCCGGACUCCUUUCCAGCCCUAUGCCGCCUACUUUAGCCUUGUGUAUUUCGGCUUUGUUGCCCUGGGAAAUGGAUUCGCUGUCUUCACAGAUGGGAACUGGUCGACCUCGGAUUUUAUCGCAGCCUACAUUGGUUUACCAAUCUACAUCUGUCUCUUCGUCUUCUGGAAAGUCUUCAAGAAAACCAGGUUUGUCCGGGCUCGCGCCGCCGACCUUUCGGUGCCUGGAGGAACGGUUGUUCAUGGGGGAUUGGACUUGGAAAACGCGGAAAUUGCCCAGACAGAGGCCAUGAAGGAGAGAUAA